GUGAAAAAUUAAUUUUGAAAAUCAUUUCUGUGAAAUGUCAAAAUCAUAUGGAAAAGUUAAAACUUAAGAUAGUAGAUAAAAUAAAAAUAUUUUAUAAUUAAAUUUAAAUUAGUUUGUUCACUAUGACCGUAUUAAGUCCUUUUGUUUAUUGGGCUCAAAAUGAAAAUAGUUUAUUCAUAAAAGUCGAUUUAAAGGAUGUGAAAGCACCUGAAAUUACUUUAGAAAAAAGGAAAUUAUACUUUCAAUCAAAGGGCAUCGGUGCACAGGGCUUAAAGAACUAUGAGUUUUCUAUUGAUUUUCAUUCAGAUUUAGACGAAAAUUCUAAAAAUGUAAAAUUAACUGACCACAAACUAGACUUAACAUUAUUUAAAGCAGAAAAGGGCUGGUGGCCUAGGCUAACUGCUCAACCUCAAAAGCCAGCUUGGUUAAAAAUAGAUUUUGAUAAAUGGCAAUCUGAAGAAGAUGCUGAAGAAGAAGUUAGAGAUAUUAGAGAAGAUUAUCCUGGUUUAUAUGAGCAGUUACAGAAAGAAGAACUUGGAUACAGAAAAGAGGAUUUCAAGAAAAUUUACCUCACAUUCUACAACUUGUUUAUGUACGUUGGUUUUAUGUACAUAUCGACAAUAUUAUGCAUACGAUACGUUCGAGAUGGUUCGAAUUUCUUCCCCAAUGUCUACGAGAGCAUAGGUCCAGUGAUUUGCUUCAUGCAGCUCAUACAGUGCCUAGAAAUUUUACAUCCAAUAUUUGGAUACGUUAGAGGCGGUGUUAUGAUGCCAUUUUUGCAAAUAUUUGGAAGAUUGUUUGUUUUGAUAGUCAAUUUGGAUCAGGAACCCAGAAUUCAAGCGAUGCCUGUUACGUUUUAUUUGUUUUUGACAUGGAGCGCUAUAGAAAUUAUUAGAUAUCCUUUUUACAUGUCUCAGCUAUACAAAAAGGAAAACAAAAUCCUCACAUGGAUUCGAUACACCGCCUGGAUAGUUCUCUAUCCGAUCGGAUUCGCCUGCGAAAGUGUAGUACUGUUCAGAAAUCUUAUAUUUGUCGAACAGAGCGGAAAGUGGUCAUUGUUUUUACCAAAUUCCCUGAACUUCACAUUCCACUUCGCUACAUUCCUUAGAAUCUAUUUAUUAUUCGUUAUGAUCCCAGCCAUGUACACGCUAAUGAAACAUAUGUACAGAGCGAGACAACAAAAAUUAGGCAAUAAGAGUAUUAAAAUUAAGCGAUCGUAA